AUGGAAGACAGUGAUAUGUUACCUCAGCUCGUCCGUGGCAUAUUAUCAACAUCUCAUUCUCUGUUUACAAGAAAUAUCCAAGAGUUUGAUGAAGACACCACAACACCUUAUGACUAUGAUAAUGGUGAGCCUUGUCAUAAAUACAAUGUGAAGCAAACUGGUGCUUGGAUCCUGCCCCCACUCUACUCUCUGGUAUUCGUCUUUGGUUUUGUGGGUAACAUGUUGGUCAUUCUCAUCCUGAUAAGCUGCAAAAAGCUGAAGAGCAUGACUGACAUUUACCUGUUCAACCUGGCCAUCUCUGACCUGCUCUUCCUGCUCACUCUCCCAGUCUGGGCCCACUAUGCUGCAAAUGAGUGGGUCUUCGGGGAUAUAAUGUGUAAAUUAUUCACAGGGCUCUAUCACAUUGGUUACUUUGGUGGAAUCUUCUUCAUUAUCCUCCUGACAGUUGAUAGGUACUUGGCUAUUGUCCAUGCUGUGUUUGCUCUAAAAGCCAGGACAGUCACCUUUGGGGUGAUGACAAGUGGAGUCACUUGGGUGGUGGCUGUGUUUGCCUCUCUCCCAGGAAUCAUAUUUACUAAAUUCAAAGAAGAAUAUUAUCAUAACACCUGUGGUCCUUAUUUUCCAUUAAUAUGGAAGAAUUUCCAUGCAAUAAUGAGGAAUAUCUUGAGCCUGGUCCUGCCACUGCUUGUCAUGGUCAUCUGCUACUCAGGAAUCCUCCACACCCUGUUUCGCUGUAGGAAUGAGAAGAAGAGGCACAGGGCUGUGAGGCUCAUCUUUGCCAUCAUGAUUGUCUACUUUCUCUUCUGGACUCCCUACAACAUUGUUCUCUUCCUGAACACCUUCCAGGAAUUCUUGGGACUAAGUAACUGUGUGACUACCAAUCACUUAGACCAGGCCAUGCAGGUGACAGAGACUCUUGGAAUGACACACUGCUGCAUCAACCCUGUCAUCUAUGCCUUUGUUGGGGAAAAGUUCCGAAGGUAUCUUUCCAUAUUCUUCAGAAAGCACAUAGCUAAACGUCUCUGCAAACAGUGUCCAGUUUUCUAUAGGGAGGCAGCCGAUCGAGUGAGCUCAACAUUCACCCCUUCCACUGGGGAGCAAGAAGUCUCAGUUGGGUUGUAA